AUGCCUGAACAGCAACGCCUUGCCUCCAUAGGUGCCAACGUCGACACUCGCCUCCCGCUUCAUUGUAGCCUCCUCUUCCAGGCGAAAACUUCCAAGAACCUCACCUUUGCCCAAAUCGCCGAACACCUUGGCCGCAGCGAGGUCGCCUGUGCUGCGCUGUUCUAUGGCCAAGCCCAAGCUUCCAACGGAGAUGUUGACAAACUAAGUGAGCUUCUGGGCGUAAAUCGGGACGAUCUCGCUGAGCAAAUGACCGCUUUUCCGAAUCGCGUUAUCCAGAACUACGGUUAUGCAUACAAGGCUGUUAUGAAUGAGAAGUUUGGAGAUGGCAUCAUGAGUGGCGUUUGCUUCAAGACAGAUGUCGACAAGGAGGUAGAUGAAAAUGGUGCAGCAUGGGCAGUUAUUACAAUGAAAGGCAAAUGGUGA